AUCAAGGAAACUAAGAACAACAAGGCUACUGGACCGCGGUGGCAUACCUGCUGAAAUCUGUAAGGCCGGUUACUGGUACUGAGACUCAAUACAUUUAUCCAUGAAUUUGGAACAACAUAGAAAUCCCUGGGGACUUCAAGAAUGCUAACAUCAUGACUAUCUUUAAGAACAAAAAGAUAAUAAUGACUUCACCAAAUAAAGCGCUAGAGUUACAGCUACAAAUGAAACAAAAUGCUGAAGAGCUUCAUGAUUUUAUGAAGGAAUUGGAGAGCUGGGAAAAAGAUAUUAAGCAGGUGGAUUCUGAACUAAGAAAACAGAGUGGUGCCCCAGAGGAGAAUUUACCACCAAUUCGAAAUGAGGCAUAUAGGAAAAAGAAAAAAAGCAAAACUAAAGUUCCUUCUAAGAAAACAACUGAAGAAAACCAAAAAAACAAGAUAAAGUCUUAUGACUAUGAAGCAUGGGGAAAGCUUGAUGUGGAUAGAAUACUUGAAGAACUGGAUAAAGAAGAUAGCACCCAUGAUUCUGUAUCUCCAGACUCUGAUUCUGAAGAGGAUGGAAUUCGUAUAGAUCAAGAGAGAGCUGUUGCUGAGAAAGAAAAGGGCAAUAAGUAUUUCAAACAAGGAAACUAUGAUGAAGCAAUCGAAUGUUACACACGAGGGAUGCAUGCUGAUCCGUACAAUCCAGUCUUGCCCACAAACAGAGCAUCAUCUUUCUUUAGAAUGAAAAAGUAUUCUGUUGCUGAAUCUGACUGCAAUUUAGCACUUGCACUAGAUAAGAAUUAUACAAAGGCAUAUGCCAGAAGAGGAGCUGCUCGCUUUGCUUUGAAAAAUCUUCAGGGUGCCAAAGAAGAUUAUCAAAAGGUUUUAGAAUUGGAUCCAAAUAACUUUGAAGCAAAAAAUGAACUGAGAAAAAUAGAUCAGGCUGUAAUGUCAAAAGACUAUUCAAAACAAACAGAACAUGAAGAAGUUGUCAAAAAGCAUGAAUUAACACAAGAAGAAAAGCAGCAAAUUGAACAGCAGCAUCUCAAACAGAAGGCUAUUGCAGAAAAGGACUUGGGUAAUGGAUAUUUCAAAGAAGGGAAAUAUGAAGCAGCAAUAGAAUGCUAUACACGGGGUAUAACAGCAGAUGGCACCAACGCAAUUCUGCCAGCUAACAGAGCUAUGGCCUAUCUAAAAAUUCAGAAAUAUGAAGAGGCAGAAGAUGACUGUACUCAAGCUUUACUGUUAGAUGCAUCCUAUUCCAAAGCUUUUGCCAGAAGAGGGACUGCUCGAGUAGCACUAGGAAAGCUAACAGAAGCUAUGCAAGAUUUUGGAACUGUUUUGAAGCUUGAACCUGGCAAUAAGCAAGCAAUAAGUGAACUAAGUAAAAUAAAGAACGAACUGGUUGAAAAAGGCCUAUGCACCCAACUGGAAUGUCCUGGAACAUCAGCAACAGAAAUCCCAAACCUGGUGAAACCCAUUGAUAAACCUUUACAUCUUAGAUCAACUAAACCUUUGACAAGGAUAGUCAUUGAAGAAGUUGAUGAUAGUGAUAGUGAUUUACCUAAUACUACUUCUGUAGUCAGUAAUCGGAUUAACUCUACAUGUGUAGAAGCAACAAAGAGUUCAAACCAAGAUGAUCUCUUAACCACAACUGAUACUCCAAAAGCAAAACAGCUGAAAAUAGAAGAAAUUAGUGAUACACCAGCCAUCCAACCUGUUAAUGAGGUGAAAGAAUUUACAUCACCUGCACCUCAGUUUUUCAAUCUCAAAAAACACAUAGAAAAGGAAAAUGAAACAUUACCUCCAAUAUCCACAUCUCCUGUUCCUGCAAUCCCAGCAAAUUCAUUUCAGCUCGAAUCUGAUUUCAGAAAAUUGAAAGGCUGUCCAGAUAAGAUGUACUUGUACCUAAAGCAAAUAGAGCCUUCGCUUUAUCCUAAACUGUUCCAGAAAUCAUUAGAUCCAGAUGUAUUUAACCAGAUUUUGAAAAUUCUGCAUGAUUUUUACAUUGAGAAAGAAGAGCCAUCCAUCACACUUGACAUUCUCCAGCAGCUGUCUGAAUUAAAAAGAUUUGAUAUGGCAGUGAUGUUUAUGUCAGCCUCUGAGAAAAAAACUGUACAUGCAUUGUUCAGUCACUUGAACCAGUCAGGAUUGAAGGAUAAUUCUGUCGAAGAACUAAAGAAGAAAUACGGUCUUGGUUAUUAAUAGGCUUACUAAUGUUACAUAUUUUUAUAUGUAGUUUAAAGUAAUUAUCCACAUUUUUUGUGAGCACCUAUAUAGAAAUUGGUGGGGAGUUGCAUCCAUAAAGACUCGAGUUGUGUUUUAUAAUAAAAUCCUUACACCUGCUUUAUCCAAAUGGCGAGUGCCUGAAGAGGAUAAUGUCCUGGGUCCUGAUUCUGCAAUUAUGUCUGCUUGUUGACCUUUCACCCAUACAGGAAUCCAUUGGCUUCACUGGGACUCUGCCCAACAGAAGGGUCUGCUUGUAUGGAUUGUCUUUCACAAUCAGGGCCAUCAAUUGAGUUGUUGCUGAAAAAUGCAUUUGUUAUUUAUAAACGUGUCCUUUUUUGUAAGAAUCAAAUGAUUUUUUGAUUAUUAUUAAAGAUCAGCAUGAGUUAAUUUAGAAAAUAUACUAAAUGCUUAAUUGAA